AUGGGUCUUGUCGCGAUUCUUACCACAUUCGCCAACACCAUCGGACCAAUUCUCGCCGAUUUCCGUUUCCGAGUAGUUCGUGAAGUUGGCGCGGUUUGUGUGUCGGACGAUGGUCUCGCGACGAUGAUGUCGUUUACGGUGCUCGUCGUGCUCAUCGUGUCGCUGAUCGAGCGACGCGCCGCCUCGGUCCUUCAAUGCCAGCCGCCAAAUAAUUGCUCGGUGCACAUCUUCCGUGUGCGACUCUCGCAGAAGCCCGAUCUCGACGAUGAGGAGCCCGAGAACGCCACCAUCGUGUCGGUGGUUCAACGCAAAAAAUAUGGGAACAAUUAUUUCGAGAUCAAAGGGGGCUCGGAAAUGGGCGAGCGUCUCACCAAGGAGAUCAUUCAGAACAUGCCGGACAACUCGGAUCCGCGCUUGAUGGAAAAGAUCUCAAAACACGAAUUCUAUUUGAAACCCGUUGGUCCGAAUGAGGAACGCAUUCUGACGGCCACAAUUCCGCCGCCGCCGCCACGCAAAACGCCGUCGCCGCGGCCGGUUCCCCGGACCACUGACGAGUCGUCAAGCUUUUCGCUCAUCCUCGUCGCACUUCUCAUUUGCAUCGGCAUCGUGCUCGGCAUCCUGUUCACCGGCAUUUGCCUCAUGAUCGCCGAUCUUCGACGAGAGCCGAAAUUCGAUCGAAGCAACGCGGUGAUCUAUAAGAAGUCGAGCGAGGCGCGAAUUCUGGUGAGGCCGGCCGAACGACGCCCGCUCGUCGUCGCCAAUCACAACGAGCUCAUCGAAAUGGAGCCGCCGACGAUUCACGCGCCGCCGUCGCGAACUCAUAUCACGAUUAAUCGACUCGCUCCACGCCUCAGACCGGAAAUUCGUCGGCAGCAGUCGAAUUCCAAUUCGAACUCGAAUCGCUAG